UGGAGGCAGCUGGAGUCAGAGUGGCUGCCCAGGUCGGGGUGCUGAGGAAGGCGGGGGGGCGUGUCGAAACGUGCCCCAGGAACCUCGGCUCCGGGCGGUGUGGUGGUCCAGGGGAGCAGGACCAGGGGUUUCUCAUCAGCGCUGGUCCCGCAGCUGGCAGUGAUACGACUUCCGUCUGAACGAGGUACGCUCUGGGCAGUCAGUUUGUCGUGUGCCAUUGAGAAACACUAAAUUCAGGCCAUUGCUGCGCACCUACUGAAUCCUUGCCUGACUCGGGCAGCAGUCUCUGAUGCUAGCCCCAUUUCUGAACAUCCUUUGGAUUGCCUGGGCGAACGGGCUCGGGAGUAAGUUUUGUUGCCGUUAAAUCAUAGAAUCAUUGGGGUUGGAAAAGACCCUCAAGAUCAUUGCGUCCAACUGUAAACCAUAUUUAUAUAUAGUGCUAUCAUUUUGAAAUCAUGAUCCUGGACUUUUCUCUGUCUUUCUUGCUCUGGGUGAGCGGUUCGUUUCGUGUCCAGAGAAGGGAGUCAGAGCAAAUCCUUUUUGUUGACAGAGACCCUGUCACGCAGCAGGAGGGUGGGCAGAGCUUACAGCUUGCUUUGGGGCAAUCACCUGCCCGCCCCAAAGCAUCUCCCUGUCAGCAGCUAUUGGCUUGUACGGAACAGCGUUAGAGACAGCAGCUGUAGGUCAGUUCGUGUCAGAACGGCUCAGAAAAGCUAACGUGUAUCUGCCCCUUUAUGUCUGUGGCCUAUUUCCCUUUCAGCUUUGUCGGCUCGAAGAAUUCAACCUUGUAAGCCUUAAGUUUAGCGUAAGGAAGGCAGCUACGCUUUCUGCGGUGAAACUCGGGCUCCAGGUAUGGGGCUCUUGAAAUUCCAGCGAUGUGAACCCAAAGAAGCCCUGAACCCUGGGCCUCUGCCUAUUCAAAGCAGCGGAGCUUCUGGUCAAGAAAGCUUCAUGCUUUCUUCACUGCGUUAUCUUUGUAUUGUGUUUGGUUUGGAUGUACCUACGUCUGUAAAAACUUAGAUCUAGGUUUUUCCAGAGGAGGAAGGAAGCCCUAUUGACACCUUCAUCCUCUCAGUUGUAAGCAGAUCGUGCAGGCUCAGAUCUGCGUUUCCUGGUCCUUGUCAGCAGUUACUUCACAGGAAAACUGUUUCCAAUGCGUGUCUUGAAAGGCAAGCCCAUCGCACCCUGCUACAAAAGCAAACAGGUUUUCCUCAGCUUUCUGUGCUGAAUUUAUUUCUGUGCUACAAAGGCCUUGGUUCUGGUCUCACGCACCCCAGUGUAAAUCAAAGAGUGAUUCCCCUGAGCUGGGCUGCACCGAAGGAAAAGCAGGGGUGGGCUUUUGCUCUUCUUACUUUUAGCAAUUUAAUAACGUGCAGCCGUGGUCUAAGAGUUAGAAAGGGGAGAGAGAGUUAGUUAACUCGGGGAAAUGGAAGUCAGAAGCGCAUGGAUGCAUUGCUUUCCAGCAGAUCUUUUGUAACAACUGCUCUCUGUAUUUCAGCGUGAAGCAGGUCUUGGGCCACUGGUGAGCUCCCCUGUGAAGACAGGGUGUCCUCUGUUCACGUACGGCGGUUAACGAUGUCCAUAUUUGCUGAAACGGAAAACCUGGCACCCGCACAAGUUUGAGGACUGGCUGUUCUUCAGGUAUUAGUUUCAUGCAUAUAGGACUUGCCACAACAUCUUGUGCUUGUCGUACAGUUCUUGUUCGAGAUGACUUUUAAAGUAAAAUCACUCGUUUUGUUAAGAAAACCGAGCACGGGAAGGCUAAAUAAUCUCCUGUAAAUAGCACGGGCAGAUGAGAGCAAGAGAAAAAUGGGAAGACAUUUUAUGCGAGGAGACGCUAGAAGCUGUCACCACCCAAUCUUUGAUGGUCUCGGUGCUGCUGGAAUAUCGCAGGAGUGGCUCGCCUUUUAGUCCCCCGCUUUGCUGGCCCUCGCAAGCACGGAUGUGCCUCCUCGUUGAGCAUUGCCCUGGCACUUUGAGCCAGCACGUCCCCGCUGCGGGAGCGGAUCUGCACGGCCACCACGGGAGAAACGUGGUUCAGCCGAGGCCGGUGCUGCGGUGGAGACGGGAGGAGGACGAAGCGACGGGCGAAGGCGUCCGCGUCUCGCGUCAGCUGCAGCUCCCUGCGCAAGCCCCAGGAGACACGGUUUUUAGGCAACCCUGGGGACCGGUGGCUGAACUUGAAAAUCGCUGCGCGUGGCCGGGCGGUGGCUUGCGUCACAAGCGUAUGGGAUUUUUGGAGUCACGAGUGAAAAGGCUGCUGCGGGUGAGUACGGCUGAGCUGGCCCCUUCAGCGAGGUUUUUGUCCUUGUCCCGCCGCGCCUCGCGGGACUUUGGCCGGGUGACCGCGGGCCGGCGCGGUGACGGUGGCCCCGUGAUGGGCGUCGGGCAGGAGCUGGAAGCGGCUGGACCGGACGCAGAGAGGUCACGUCGUCGCACGCCGCGAUCUCACUUCUCCUCAGGUGUGCAGAAAUCCCCGGGAUUCCGGCCCAGAAACGAGUUGCGGGAAUUACCCCCGCGAGGAAGCGACUGCAGCGGAGCUGGGGGUUGCGCUUUCCUUUCCCCGGUCCCUGUGCACACACCACAGCCCCUCCUUCUCCCAAAAAUUGGGGUAUUGCCAUCCAGAAAAGCACUUUAGCAGCAGACUACAUAAUAUUAGGUAUUAUUACUAGAAGUAACAGUCAAGUAGGAGCAAACCUAUAAUUACACCUAAAUUCACCUCCUCUUUUUUUUCCUCUGGGAAAGGCUAUUUAAGGGCUUGUUUUACACAGAGACAACUCUUAACGCCAAACAAGCCUACACCUCUUUCUCCAAAAUACCCAUGUCCUGUUAGCAGAAACCACAGCCCAGCUUAUAAAACCAAAUAUUUGCUAAAUAUUUACUAACAGUAACUAAAUAUAUAGUAAUAAAUAACAUAAUAUUAUAUAAAAAUACUAAGUAAUUAACAAUAACUAAAUAUUUAGUCAUUUGGGGUGGCGUUCACUCUAUUUACUAAGGAAUUAGCUUAGAAUCCGCCUUCAAAACAGGAACUGCGGAUUUUUAAGUCUGGCAACUGCAGUAAUUUUAAAAAAGAGAAAGCAGGCACCUUAUUAAUUUCUGUAUGCAUGUAUAUAUGUUAUAAUAAAUACAUGUACGUAUGUGUGUGUGUAUACAUAGAUACACACACACAUAUAUCAAAGAAAGAAGUGGGAGUUUUGCUGAAGAGGUGCCCAGGUGGCUGCAGAUAAGCAGAAUCUGAAACUUUCAUUUAAGUUAGAGCCCUACCUGCAAUAAAACCCUUCCUGGAGGGGAAGGUUGUCUUGCCUUUCCAUCGCUGUGCGGGUUUGGAGUCGGCUGCCUCACCAGCUGCCUGGCUGCCCUGAGCCCUGCGGAACAGGGACCCGCAGUGGGAAAAUGUGGCUCUUCCCCUUCAUGUCGAAUAAUCCAGAUUUUACUGGGCUGAAAGGGAAAAAGCGACUGCUGCCGGCAGGGCUCCGCGUUAGGGGUGAGCUGGCUCCGGUUAUUUCCAGUGACUACGUAAUAUGAAAAAAAGAGCGUGUUAACCCACAGACUUGUGUUUGCGCCGGGGCUGAGCUAGCAGAUAGUCUUGCCGAAGGACGACCGGGUUUCUGGCCUGUUUUGCUCAGAAGAGCCAGGAGAAAGCCCUCGCAAGGUUAUGUCAGCACAGGGAGGGCAGACCCAGCACCGCGGCAUCCUUGGAAGCGUGCCUUUGGGCCGUGAGGGAUGCUGCACCGCUGAAAGCUUACCUACCUUCAAAUCGGUUUGUGUUUUUAAAGGAAGAAGUAAACAAAACCUGCACAAAUUCAGAGCUGUGAAGCACAGGCACGGCUCCUUGGCAGCCCGGAGACGGCCCGCAGGAGAAUUGCACUCCCAUUUAUUUCCACAUUUCCUCCAUACUUCACCCAGCAGCUUUUGAGGAAAACAUGUGUUUAACUGUCACCUUAUCAGCGCAGAGAAGCUAGCAGAUUGGAAUUAUGUUGUGUAAAUACUUGAAACAUAAAGGAUUCAAGAAUUACUGAUAGGCAGCCAGAGAAAGUAACCUCAUUUUAAAAAACAGGCAGGCAAUGAUGUAAUUGAUUUUUAACACAGAAAUAAUCUGAAGGGACUAAAGAGGGUUCAAGAAAGCCUUAAAACCCCCACAGCUUCUGUGUCUUGGAAACCAAUGCGGUUUUGCCAUCUACCAGGUUUUCCUUCAGCUCUUUUGCACCCUGGGUGUUCCCUUCUUCCUCCUGAAGUGGUUUCGGCUUUCCCCUUGGUAAGCAGUAGGCGCGUUGCAGGAGAGACGAUAAUUUCACCUAAUGUUAUUUAUUUUCCACAGUCACAGUUUAUUCUUCUGUUUAGCUUAUGGUUUGGCUAUUGUUUAAGAUUUGCAAUUUCAGAAGGCUGAAUUCCUAGACAGAAAGCACUCUUUGGUGCAGUCAAGCAACAUGAGGAAUUUGAGGACUUCAAAAUGAUCAUCAUAAACUCAAAGGUGCUAAUACUGUCAGGAAUUUGCAAUUUGCACUGAAAGGCAAGAGAAAAAAACUCUCGUAGAACCAGGCUUCGGGUAGAGCAGCCACUCUGAGCAGGACCUCAGAGAAGCACAAACCAUAGAGGGACUGGGGAAAAAAAAAGACGACCGGCUGAUCAGCAAAAGAAGAUGCAUUUUAGAUCCAGGAGCAAACAGAUGAACUGAGACUUGGGAGAAGUCAAGCCGAGUUGGACCUCGCAAAGGAUGUUAAACAGCUGGUGAGGAGUUCUGCAGCCACCUCCACAAAGGUAGGCAAGGGAAAGGAACCGUGUUGUUUUGAAGGAAGCACAGAGCAAAACUCAUCCCGGGUCGCCUGAAACGUGGGCAGCAGGCGGGGAAAAAACAGGCGAGCUCAGCCAGCACCGCAGUGAAGAGGCUUUAAAAAUAAGUAAGGCAGGCUCAGCCUCCACCCUUCACAGCAAGUAAGGCUCCUACGCAUGCCCACUUCAGGGACCAGCAAAAAUGGAUGUUGCGUGUCUCAGGUUGCUCUUUGUGAUCCAGACUGAAUUUAUGCUGUUCUUAAACAGAUGUUGAAUUAUUUAGCACCGCUGAGGAAAAGGAUAUCCCUCUACAGUACAAAGCUUGAUUUGUUUCUGCAUGGUUUUGUCUUGACCAGAUUUAAAAUUGAAAAUAUGCAUUGAGAAAUAAUCAGUUAUUUGACUCAGUCUGUCAAUACCUUUUGACAUACACUGAGCCAGCUCCAAUCAGAACCUGAAUUAGUCUUUCACCUGCAAUUUCAGUAAAAUUAACUAUUCCAGUUACUAGCCUUGCACAAGCUGGUUUGAGAUACAAUAAUUAAAAUACCUUGGGGUAGUAGCCUGAGCAGAGCUCAUUUUAUUCCAGCCUAAAACAUUCACCUAGGGAAACAAAACUGAGCAAGAAGUUACUCAGCUACAGCCGCUACAACUCUGCUGCUCCAUUUCCCUAGGCAGACCAGGCUUUGCUGUAUCCGAGUCCCCAAAUACCUCACCGCAUGCAUUUUUGGAAUAUUUCUGUGGACUAAAAGCCCUCCAGACUUCCAAAGCAUGCAUCAUCAACUAGAAAGGGAAUUACUUUUCAAUCUUCCAGCUCCCCAGUGCCACCUUCAGCAGUAAAACUCAAAAAAGCUUAAAUAAAUUUAGUAUUCUAGCCUGUUUUCUGCCUUUGUAGCUAGCUACAUCACCACAGCAGUCUGCUUUCACACUUCUGUAUAAACAUCACCAGCACUGCAGGACAGUAUGGAAAGAGUUAAGGACAGCUGUAAAAGUUGCUUAAAGAAAUAAGCAGUCAGAAGACAAAUACAGUUCUCCAACUAUUAACGUUUAUUAAAAGUUUGACCAAAGUAGUUUUAUUCCCAAGUUUUGUUUACAAAAGUCUAACAAUUUCCCCAGGUAGUCAAAGAUUAAUAAAAGAACUGAGAUGGCAUUGCAUUAGUGCAUAGAAAGCAAAACUGGUCUACAAUAGUAAAAAAAGAGAGAAAAAAACCCCAGAAUUUGUGUAAAAUUGAGGUUUUAAAUACUUGAAAGCAAUUGCUAGUAUCGCAGGCAGAGCAUUCCCAAGUGUCUAUUUGUUUUUUACUGCGUACAACGUAAACGCGUUAGCUGCAACAGAUAGCGCCUGUUCCUCUAAGGCUUCAGCGUUUUUCUCCUACAGAGGCCCGGAACUACGCCGCCGACUCUCGCGCCCCAUCGGCUGGGCCGUUUUAACAUGAAACAUCCUCCCAGGCGGCUUUUUCAGCCGCCAGGCUGUGCGGUUUUUCUGAUCUACGCCCAGCUGAUCAGAAGAAAAUGGCCUCUUGAAAGAGCUGCGCUGCCUGCCUUCAGCUGCUGCCCUUCCUUCAGCUUCCGCUUGUUAGGAUCAGAGACACUUCAAACGCCUAACGCUAUUUCAAACCUUAUUUUGCCUUAAGGCUUCAGUCUGAAUCAGUUGCUUAUUACAAGGUAAUUUCCAAACUGUAACGGAGCAAGUACAGCCAGCUGAAGACAACACUGUGCGAAGAGGACAGAGGAACUGCCCGCAGACUGGAUAUUGCGUAUCCAGACCGCGGCCAGCCAAACCAAACAUCCUGCACCUACACGGGAACGUGCGAGAAAUCGAACAGGCACAAGCAGAGCUGCGCUGAAAACGCCGUCUGCGCCAAAACCGUUUUCCUUUUCAUCCAGAUUAGAACUUUGCCCUUCGCUGAACCAGUUUGGCCAAAGUCUCUUGG